CAGUGUGAGGGUAUACAGCGCCGGACAUUCAGUGUGAGGAUAUACAGCGCCGGACAUUCAGUGUGAGGAUAUACAGCGCCGGACAUUCAGUGUGAGGAUAUACAGCGCCGGACAUUCAGUGUGAGGAUAUACAGCGCUGGACAUUCAGUGUGAGGGUAUACAGCGCUGGACAUUCAGUGUGAGGGUAUACAGCGCUGGACAUUCAGUGUGAGGGUAUUCAGUGUGAGGGUAUACAGCGCCGGACAUUCAGUGUGAGGAUAUGAUUUUCUCUCCCAGAAUUCUUCGCGAAACUGCAACGUAGCCGGAAGAUGGCGGAACUGUGAGAGACCGGACAGCGCGAUUUAUCAACACGGCGAUAACACAGCGGGUAACCUCCCCCCGCACCCCGAUACUAACCAAUACCGGCACCCCUCCACCCUCUGCACCCCCAUAAUAAACACUGCACCCCCUCCUUACCCUCAAUAACCUGAACCCCCCACUCAUCACCCCUCAUCCCCUGCUCCUUCCCCUCAUCCCUUCCCACCCCUCAUUCUUCCCCCCUCAUCCUUCCCCCCUCAUCCCCCCUCAUCCUUCCCCUCAUCCUUCCCCUCAUCCUUCCCCCCUCAUCCUUCCCCCCUCAUCCUCCCCCCUCAUCCUCCCCCCCUCAUCCCUUCCCCCACCAUCCUCCCCCCCCUCAUCCUACCCCUCAUCCCUUCCCCAUCCUUCCCCCCCUCAUCUUUCCCCCCCCCACCUCAUCUUCCCCCCCCACUCAUCUUUCCCCCUCAUCUUUCCCCACCUCAUCUUCCCCCUCCGUCAACCCCCCCCUCAUCCUUUCCCCCAUCCUUCCCCCUCAUCCUUCCUCCCCCCCUCAUCCUUCCCUCCCCCCCCCCUCAUCCUUCCUCCCCCCCCUCAUCCUUCCUCCCCCCUCGUCAGCCUUCCUCCCACACUUCCUUCCUCCCCCCCUUAUCCUUCCUUUCUCUCUCUCUCUCUCUCUCUCUCCCUCUCCCCCCCUUAUCCUUCCUUUCCCCUCUUUUCCCCCUUGUGGAUUAGUUUGAAAGUGCUUACUGUCGAUCUCCCAAAGGAGAAUAACCCUCAAAUGUAUGUAUGAAAAGAUAUAUGGACUUGGAAAAGGUCCUAGGUGGGAGAGCAACAAAAAUAGAGAUGAGGCCCUACCUGUAAUGAUUCUAAGGAGUAAAAGGAAAAAUAUGAUAAAAUGAAUAGAGUAGCAGACAGAGGGACAGACAAAAUACUACUUAGGGUGACUGUAGCAACUGGGUCCCACAACAGAAACACAUUAAGUGUCAAUAAAUGACAAGAGUAAGAGAAACCACAAUGUAGCACAUCCCUGACGUGGCGACAAAAUCAGGUGUAACGAGGUGAGGGAAUAAAGAUGAGAAUAGAGGGGCUAAACCCCAGUAACAGAGAACUAAACCUCAAUGAAUCUUUACCCUAUAAUACCUCAGCACCGUGUACUAGUCACUAGUGCCUGCCUGAAUCUAACAUCAAAAGCAAUAUUAGAACAAAGUGCUACCAAGUGUAGUGAAAAAAGCCAACAAAUAGCUCGAUGUGCGUUUAGCCGUCUCAGGAGCAAUGUCUGAAUGCUGGCUAAACUCCAGGUAAAUAUACCUCAGUUAAUUUGUGUAGGAUCGUGGACUGCUGUGUAAGAUAUUACCUCAAUAGGGGGGUUUAUCAUUACACUCAGCUCGUAUUCCAAAGGUUACUUCACAAGCUGUCUGAUCCGAAACAAGGAAUACCUAUUGGCCAAUUCGCUAUCCAGGAAUUUAAUGUCCAAGCUAACAUCCUUCUACAACAACUCAAGGAUAAGGGCUAUCCCAGUCGGUGCUUGAAAAAAGCAUAUAAGAGAGCCCUGGAGUCUGAUUAGUGACCCUUCUGGCUAACAAUAAACCUUCCAUACUUACCAACCCUCCCCACGUAUGACUGCAACAUACAACGCAGGUUGGGAUAAAAUAAAAUUGGGCAUGCAGAGAUUCUGGCCUCUCUUAAUCAGUGACAUCCACCUCAAAAAAGAUCUUAGGUCCAAAUGUGGAAAUGACAGCACGAAGAGGCAAAAAUUUAAGAGACCUCUUAGUCCCUAGUCAUUUCCAAUCACAACGCCCCAAUACAAAGACUUGGCUCAAUACACCUAUUUUUGGCUCUUUUCAAUGCGGGCGCUGUGUGGCCUGUAAGUAUAUUAAACGUAAUUCUAAAACCGUAUCUGACAGUGGAAAUAAACACCUUUUCAAUAUCACUUCAUUUUUUAAUUGUGACACCUCAGGUUUAGUGUAUCUACUCACCUGUGAAUGUGAUUGUAAGUAUAUAGGUAAAACUUUUCGCCUUUUCAAAGAAAGGAUUAAAGAACAUGUCAGGUCACCCAAACUCAGUAUUGAAACUCCGAACGCUCACCACCUGAAGGAACAUCAUUCAGGUAAACCAUAUGGUCUACGGUUUUGUGGUUUAGAACUAGUGAAACGAGAUAAAACAAGGGGUGACUAUGACAGGUACUUAAGGCAACGCGAGAGUUUUUGGAUUUACAGACUUAAUACACUACAACCCAAUGGGUUGAAUGAAGGUUUUUCCUUUGCACCUUUUAUCUAAUUUAUCUUUGUAAUUUUCAUUACUUAUGGACUUGAGUAGUUGCUUAGAAUGGAUUACUUAAUCUAAUGGAUAGUUUAGAUGUUCAGUUUAUAUUCUCUCCAAUUUAUAAGUGACAUUGAUGUCUGUUUUAUGCAGAAUGAUAUCCUUAUCUCUCACAUAUUAUUAAUCAACAUCUUAUGCAAUACUGUAUUUAGUGUGAUUCUUUGAUUUGAAUGCAUUAUAUGAUGGUUGGACUAAAAUACGUCUAAUGUAUACACAUUCUAGAUUUACUCAUCCUAGUGUCCUGUCUAUCUUAUCCUACCAUUAUUGGAAUCCCCUUCUUAGUUAUUUCCAUUCUAUAAACAUAUAUAUGUACCUCUUGUCCACAUCCUUUAUAUUUACACACGUCUUUCGUAUGAUCAGUUUAAUCUGUUCUUCAUAUGAACUAUAUACUUACUACUGACUCCCUGUUUAGGGACAUGUGUCAGUUACACUACCCUAUUGGCACUGAAGGGGCUACUCUCCUCAUGCCGUUUCUUCGGUUAUCGCCACUCCCCUAGCCCCACCCACUAUCAGUGCCGUCUGAGCGUCAUCACGACGUCACGCCAAAUGGGCAUGCACUAGGGGGUUUAAAAAGUGGCGCCAACUACACAACUUGUUAGCUCUUGACAAAGGCGCACGUGGGCGCCGAAACGCGCGUUGAGCAAAUCCUAGUACACUAUGUACUUUACUUAGGAAUCUGCUUCUUUUCUUUUUUAUUUGAUUGGGGGGCUUCCUUUUUCAUUUAUUAUUUAGGACGACUAUAUUUAGCUUUUUCCUUUCAUAGCCAGCCGUUUAUUACUCCUUUUUCUAGCAUAGGUAGGCAGAAACGGUGUAAUGCAUCGAUACUUGGUACACUUUUCUACUUAAUAUCUUUUUUUGUUUAUUUAGCACCAUGGACCUAAGCUAUAUGUUGGUUCUAUUUUCACUUCAUUCAGUUUAGUAUUAAGAGCGACUUAUUAUUUUCAUUUACUUUGUCCGGCCGGACUAAUUAUAUCAUUAGUCUCUCUUUCUCUGCAAAGCAUUUUUCAGUCGUGCCUACCAUUGGGGUACUUAUGGAGCAUAUAUUUUUUUUUUUUUAUCAUUUCUCUGACUGUUUACUACCCCUAAGGCUCCGACACCAACCCUAUGCACGAUCGAUUUUGGAGCUCCCCAUCAAUUACAGCGUAUAUACCUGCCUGGGUUAUCCUCAUUAGAUAAUUUUCAUACAUGCAACUAUAUGCACAUCAAUCUACUAAGCAAGAUACAUUGUUUUUCUUUUUUGUUUCGUUCAUACCUCAUAUUUUAGGUUUCUGGUCCACAGACACUUUGUAACAAUAAAGCUGUUGAUACAGUUAUUUCUAGUGGCCGCCCAAUAUUGAGUGUGAUUACUGUCUAUAUCACAGAUUAGCAGAUGUACCUAUUUUAGACUUUUUUUAUUCGUUUUUCACUAUGGUUUACACAUUUUUCUCAUUGGUUAUAUAUACAUAUUGUUCCCCUAAGAGGGGUUAUUAAAAUUUAAUUUUUUUAGUUCUAUUUUUGCUCUAUUACUAGCAAUUUGUUGCCUCAUACUGGUGGAGCAGUUUGACUAAGAGUAUAGGGACUGCUUUGGGGAGUACUUCUUUUAGUCUACCUAUUGCAGUCUCUUCUCUUUUCUAUUGUCUGAUCCGAUAGAUCGUUACCCACACAGGGGCUGUUUAAUUGGGAGUGUCAGAAACGCCUCUCAGGCUUCCGGAUUGAUUCUUGCCCAUGUGGGGUUGUAUUCUGCGUCUGAGUGGGUGUAUUGAAGCUCCGACACUAUGGAACAUUUUAGUUAUGAAGAAAGGUUAAAAAAUUUAAAUCUCCUUAGUUUGGAAAAACGGUGCCUCUCAGGGGAUAUGAUAACAUUAUACAAAUAUAUUCGUGGCCAGUACAAACCAGUAUCUCGAAAUCUAAUCAUAAACAGGGCUAUACAUAGGACGCGAGGUCACACAAUUAGGCUGGAAGAAAGGAGAUUUCAUCUAAGGCAAAGAAAAGGUUUUUUGUACAGUAAAAGUAAUAAGGAUAUGGAAUUAUCUGCCUGAAGAGGUGGUUUUAUCAGAGUCCAGAUGUUUAAACUGCAAUUGGAUAAAUACUUACAAAACCAUACAGGGAUAUCAUUUCUAAUUAGUGGGGUAAUAGCUGCUUGAUCCAAGGACACAUCUGACUGCUAUUUUGGGGUCAAGAAGGAAUUUUUUCCUAGUUUGUGGCAAAAUUGGAAGCGCUUCAGAAUAGGUUUUUUUGCCUUCUUUUGGAUCAACAUCAAAAACAAUUGUGAGGAAGGCUGAACUUGAUGGACGCAAGUCUCUUUUCAGCUAUGUAACUAUGUAACUACCCUAGCACGAGCAGAUUGGUCAGAGUCCCCACAAAGUGGAACAUUCCCACCCCGUCUAAAGUUAAUGACUCUAAGAUAAAUAGUGAGGAUCGCAGAAUCAAAUUGUGAUACAUUAAUAUUUACUAUGUAACAAAUCCCCCCAGCACACAAGGGGUUAAACCGCCGUUUAGGAGAUCUUCCCCUCCAGCUACAUGAGCAGCUACUGCAAGCACCAUUCUCCCGAACUGCAAAUCACACAAAUUCUCCAAACUCCCGAACGGGAACCACACGAAUGCUGUAAACAGCCGAACAGGAAAAACCAUACGAACAGUUUCCACUCCUGGCAGUCGAACUGUAACAGCAUGCAAUCAAAUCCCCCCAAGAAUGAGACGACACUUCGCUUUGAGGGUCAAGCAGAAUCUGGUUUACUGGGGCUACCUGCCCGGCUUUUAUGCAGGUCUCCCACCUGGUGGACACUCCCCUCGGGGACCAGACACAAAAUAUACACUGACCAAUCACGGACAUACACCUUUAAACACUCCCACAAUUACAUCACAAUCCCUCCUCUCUAUCCUGGAGAUAAUUGGGAAGUAAUCCAAUUAUCUCCAAGGACAGAGGCAAAACUCCAUUACCCACAUGGUGACAAAAAGACAUAAACUUACACAAAAAUAUAUAACUGUGCAGCUAUUGCAUAAAACUGGUACAUUCAACACAUCCCCAGAUAGCUUAGAUCUGAGCGCACAUUAUUACCGAAUGGCGCUAAGCUCAUAUACAUACAGUUCAAUCGCCAUGGAGCCAAAGUCUUUCUCAUAGUCUUUCGUUAUACGAAUGGGCUCCAUGGCAUAGCUGUCUAGGGUAGCAUGGUUCACUAAGUCAAAGUACCGAACGAACGGCGUUCGCAUGAAUUGAAGGAGAAGGAAGGUCGGCGGCUCAGCGGUGUUCGUGCAAAUAGUGUCCGUUUUUUGAGUUCCAUAGAUUUGGAGCUGAGCACCGCUGGCCGUUCGGUAGUUAAAAAUGGCCGCUGCCAGGUGUUCGGCAAACGAACAAAGGCCACCCAGCAUUCGUCAAUUAAGCUGCGGUUAACCGCAGCUUCUGGGCGGUCAAUUGACGGCACACUCCAUUCCCAGAUGGUUGGUAAUUCGUCUGUUUGUUCGGUAGAUUCAAUCUACCGAAUGCCCAGGCCGAAAGGCACGAACAAGCCUUUCUGCAGGGGAGAAUACCAGUUUUGAACAUGGGGCCAUAGUCCAGCGGCAGGAGGCGAGCAAACAGGCUUCUCCAAUGUCCAGUGGCGAGGUUGGUUCCGCCACACUAAAGUCCUACCUGUUUAUAUGAUAAGGACAAAUAGAUAAGUCCCCAUAAUUUGUGGAUAGGUAUAAGGGAUGGUCAGAAGUCCAAUAUGGGGAUAAUGGCUCAGGUAGGCACUAGUGACUAGUAGACAAUUUUUGACACUUAAGGUGUUUCUGUUGUGGGACCCAGUUGCUACAGUCACCCUAAGUAGAAUUUCCUCUGUCUGGUACUCUAUUCAUUUUAUCAUAUUUUAAUUUUACACCUUAGAAUCCUUAAAGGUAGGGCCUCCUCUCUAUUACUUUUGUUGCUCUCCUACCUAGGACCGUUCCUUCUAUAGCCUAAUUUAGAGCCUAUUACUCAGUGCUUAGUCAUCCCUGUCCCUUGUUUUCAAUACUGAGAACGGCUUGUGUAUUACAUGUGAUCAAUUUAAUAGACAUGUGCAAUUAGUUUCAGUCCGAAUUAAAAUUUGGUUAUUAUUAUUGUUAUUUAUAUAGCGCCAACAAAUUCCGCAGUGCUUUACAAUGGGUGGACGAACAGACAUGUAUUUAUAACCAGACAAGUUGGACACACAGGAACAGAGGGGUUGAGGGCCCUGCUCAAUGAGUUUACAUGCUAGAGGGAGUGGGGUAAAAUGACACAAAAGGUAAGGAUAGUAUUAGACUAAUGACAGUUGCAAGAGAGGAGUCAGUCGGGAGCUAUUAACAGUUUAAUUCAUAUGCUUUUAUGAAGAAGUAGCUUUUUAAUGAUUUUCUGAAGGAGUGGAGACUGGGUGAACAGUUUUGCACCGGGGCUCAAUGGAUUGUGUGUACGCCACUGAAGAUAGACGUAAGUCUUCAGCAGAGCGUAAGGGCCUAGACGAGACAUACUUGUGUAUUAGGGAGGCUAGAAAGGUGGGAGCAGCAUUAUGUACAGAUUUGAAAGCAAGAACCAGAAUUUUAAAUUGAGCCCUAUAUCUUACAGGAAGCCAAUGUAGGGACUGACAGAAAGGUGAGGCGUGGGAGGUGCGGGCAGACAGAAAGAUGAGCCUCGCUGCCGCAUUCAUUAUAGACUGUAACGGCGCAAGUUGGCUGCAUGUAAGACCACUGAGAAGCGGAUUACAGUAGUCAAGGCGAGAAAGGACAGUGGAAUGGACCAACACCGUAGUCGCAUCUGGCGUUAAGUAGAGUUAGGGUUAAGGUUUGGGUUAGGCUUAGGGAAUUGCUGAAUUGCCGAAGUCCCGAAUUAAGAAAGUUACGAACCAAAUUUUUUGCCCAUGCACAUCCCUACAAUUUAAAUAAUAAAUAUAAACAGACUCCGCCCACGGAAGGGCCUCUAGCAGUCUCUGCGUCCUGCUAGGCCUCUAGCGGUCUUUGUGCCCUGCUGGGUCUCUAACGAUACUCCUGUUUUGCUUUCUUGCAGAGAUAUGGCGAGCCCCCGGACAAGGAAGGUGCUAAAGGAAGUCAGAGUGCAGGAUGAGAAUAACGUACGUGUCUACCUGAAGUUAUUCUGGGUUAUUGCUCUUGGACUAAUACAUUUCUCCGGCAUUGUUUCAUGAGAUCUAACUCUUCUUUGUUACAGACCUGCUUUGAGUGUGGCGCAUUCAACCCUCAGUGGGUCAGCGUGACCUAUGGUAUAUGGGUGUGUCUAGAGUGUUCUGGGAAGCAUCGAGGGCUUGGGGUCCAUCUCAGGUAAGAGCCCAGCUCACAAUCUCCAUUACCGAGAUGCCAACCCGAGGCCUUUAUAUUUUAAUAAUGUUUGUUGUGCAAGUCAUUGCAGACGUUAUUUAUAAUGGUCAUGGUGCCACGUGGCAGCAAAAUCUCAAAAUCACCAGUAGACAUGAGUUAGCUAGAGGUCCCCAAUGCGAGAGAUUCCUGCCCCUUCUAGACUGUUUCACACGGUCCGUUUCCAUCCAGCGUUACACAAAAUGUCUACUGCAGACAUUAAGGGGAGAUUUAUCAAAAUGUUCUGAAUAGGGAUCCAAUCUGUUUUUAAAAUGAUCCCUUUCUUUUUGUAUAAUCUGACCGAUUUUGGGGUUUCCACCAUCAUGUUCCACAAACUAUGAAUACAGUGCGAGCAUUCUGUUGUGUUUCUACAUCAAAAGUACUGUAAGAGAACACCAUAAAAUAUGUAAAUAUCACUAGAAUACAAAAUGAAAACAGUAAUGCCAAGUGAUAGAAAAGUUAUAAACAUAAUAAACCGUUUAAAAAAGAAAAAAAAAACUGUCCAAAUUGGUCAUUUGCACCAAUAAAGAUGCAGAUUAUUCAAUGACACUGUGAUGACUCUCCCCAUAAUAUAGUAAUUCUUUACAUGUUUUGAGUACAAAGACCUUCUUGCAGUUUGAGCCAAGUUGUUCGCCAGGCUUUACCUUAUCCCCAAGGUAUGUCACUUCUAAAGUGGGAUACUAAAAAUCAAAAGUUGUUCACAAAAAGGAAAAUUCUGAACUUCUCAAACGUUUCUUAUCAGAAAGUCUUCUUUAUUAGUCCACGUGUUGUACAGAGCUGCGGUGUAUGAUAUCGCUUUAUAAAUAAUUAGAACAGUAAUCAAGGAAUUACAAAUUGUAGCUUAAAAUUACCAAAUUGGAGGAAUAGUGGAGUAGGAUUUGUUUUUCCCCAAUAUAGUUACAUUAAAAUCUGAAAUGACGACCUGCACAGUUCGCCACAGUUACCAGUUUAGUAUGUUGCCAAUUUGUUAGUCCCUGUUUAGAAAAUAACUUUGACCCUCUAAUUUAGUUACAUUUUAGGUGCACUAAACUGGAAAAUGUAUUGAAAUAAAUCUGUCGCACCGAGCAGACACCAUUUUUUCGUGGUCUGGAUUGGCUGCCCUGAAUCCACAUGGAAUCUGUUCCUUUUUGGUUGUGAAUUUGUUAGACACAGUUGACAAGUCCACUUUAGCCAGCUCGGUAAUUAUUUUAGAUCAGCAGAGGAAUGGUCAAGAAUUUGGGGAUCAAAAACAUACAAAGUAGCUGAACUGGAAGGUGAGAAUCUUUCCGGUAAGGCUAUCUGGACUUAAAGGACCACUAUAGGCACCCAGACCACUUCAGCUUAAUGAAGUGGUCUGGUUGCCAGGUCCAGCAAGGUUUAACCCUUUUUUCCUAUAAACAUAGCCGUUUCAGAGAAACCGCUAUGAUUACAUAUGGGUUAAUCCAGCCUCUAGUGGCUGUCUCGUUGACAGCUGCUAGAGGCGCUUCUCACUGUGCUUUUCACAGUGAGAAGACGCCAGCGUCCAUAGGAAAGCAUUGAGAAUGCUUUCCUAUGGACUGGCGGAAUGCGCGCGCGGCUCUUGCCACACAUGCGCAUUCAGCCAAUGACAGCAAAAAGGAGGAGGAGAGUUCCCCGCGCCGAGGGAGCCCGGCGGGGGAAAACAGGUAAGACUUAACCUCCUCCACCCCUAGAGCCUGGCGGGAGCGGGGCCCAGAGGGUGAGGGGGACCUAGAGACCCUAUAGUGCCAGGAAAACGAGUAUGUUUUCCUGGCACUAUAGUGGUCCUUUAAGGAACACUAUAUGGUCAGAAGUACAAACGUGUAUUUCUGAUGUUACAGUUUUCAAAACAAUUUUUUUGCUUGCCUGUCCCCUACUUGACAACUUAAAUAAGUAGAAAACUCACCUUGAUUCCAGUGCCGCGUGGACUGCCAACCCUAGCCCCGCCCCUGAUCCUCCUCCUUGACUGAGCUCAUCAGAAUUGACAAUCUCAGCCAAAGAGGCACUUGCACAUGCAGGGUAAAAAGCCUCACUGGCCAAUCACCAUUUCCUCAUAUAGAUUAAUUGACUCAAUAAAUUUCUAUGGAGGAAGUUCAGAGCCUCCAUGCAGAGCGUGGAGACGCUGCACAUCGUGCAGCACUGACCAAGGAAGCACCUCUGGUGGCUGUCCAAGUGACUGCCACUGGAGGUGUCCUAGGGAGCAAUGUAAACACUGCCUUUUCUCUGAAAAGGCGGUAUUUACUGCAGAAAGCCUGCUGGGACUAACUAUACUCACCAGAACAAAUACAUUAAGCUGUGGUUAUUGAGGUGAUUAUAGCGUCCCUUUAAAUUUGAGAUUAACUUUGAAUUGUCACUUUAGUGAAUAUUUUCUUAUGUCAAGUAAUCCAGAAUAAUGCAUUUAGGACACCAGAUUUCAAAGACAAUAUUAAUUGAAUGGUGUUUUUGAUUCCCUCUCGCAGAAAGUGGAAGGGUCCUAGGCUAAUGUCUUAAAGUAUAUUAAAAGUAAGCAGUGUGAUGAAAUAAGAGGCAAGGUCUGCAGAAUAUAUAUGAUUUUAUAGGGAGUUAGGUUCGUAGUAAGAUCCUGAGUUGUAGAUCACGUAUAACCUCGCCUACAAUAUUGUGCUGAGUUCCUGAAACUUUAUAUGUAGAAAGGCUUAAAUAUACAGAGAACAUUCAAAGAAAGGCUAAUAGAGCGUGCAACUCUGCGUGACAAUACAUAAUGAGUGCAUAUGUUUUUUUUCCUCUGAACAGAAGGCGUAAAAGAAAUGUACUAUAGCAAAGGAUGGUGCAGAGAGGAAGCUCAAUGUGGAGAGGGAUUUAAUAUCAAUAUUGGAAAAUGCUUUAUUACAGAAAUAGAUGCCAAUUCGUAUACAUUGAUAGAUGUAAACAAAUAUAUUUUCAGUAAAAAACGCUGUGUGCUAACCUGUUCAUUAGCAGGAAUAUACAACAGACAAGAGGUUACCAAUUGAGACUGGAAGAAAGGAGUUUUUGCUUACAGCAGAGAAAAUGGUUCUUUUCACUAACAACAUUAAAGAUGGAAUUCUCUGCCUAUCGAGAUUGUCUGAUCAGAUUCUAUAGAUCUUUUAAAAAGGCUUGGAUGCUUUUUUGCACAAAAAGAAUAUUCAACGAUAUAAUUGAUAUGUAUGUAAACAGGUUGUCAAUCCAAGGAGAAAUUGGAUUGCCAUUAUGGCGUCAGGAAGGAAUUUUUACCGUUUUGUGACAUAGUUUGGAAUGGCUACAAUUGGGGGGUUUUGGCUUUUUUGAAUCAAUAACCUAAAAGAAUCAGUUUCAGGGCAGAACAUUAGUAUUAUUUCAGCCUAGAUCUCUAUGUAAACAUAAAUCCCACAAUUUUGCUUCUUUCUUCUCCCAAGCUUUGUACGUUCUGUAACAAUGGACAAGUGGAAGGACGUUGAGCUGGAGAAGAUGAAAGUUGGAGGAAAUGGCAAAUUUCGGCAGUUUCUGGAGUCACAGGAGGACUAUGAUCCAUGCUGGAACAUGCAGGAGAAAUACAACAGCAAGGCAGCAGCCUUAUAUCGUGACAGGGUGAGGACAACCUGCCGUCUCGUAGUGAGGGACAGGGUGAAUGUGCCGUGAUUACAGUAUGGGAGAGAGUCUGCGUGAAUGGCCUCUCACCGGCCGGUGUUUGUGCUGCGACAAGCUUGUGCGAAUCUUACGAUAAUCUUUUAUCAUUUUCUAUUCAAAUUGCUGUAGAAAUGGCCCUCCUGCAUUAUAUUGCCAACUUUUUGUGCGUACGUUUGGCAAUAAAAACACUUAUAUAUUCUCCCUUCCUCUCUCCAGAUCGCAACCUUGUCUGAAGGACGUGAAUGGUCAAUAGAAAAUUCAUCUGCUCAGAACUGGACUCCCCCUCAGCCAAAAGUAAUGGGUGGCUCCUCUUAUCGGUAUGAGGUUUUCUUUUUUUCCUGAGAGAGGCAGCAGUAUGAGUGUUCAUGCAAUUUAUUAACCAUCAGUCUCUGUGCAGCACAUCCGCUGGAUCUGGCCAGCCUGGCGUAGUGCAAGGAGACAAGGCUUUUGAGGAUUGGCUAAACGAUGAUGUGAAUUCCUAUCAGAGGUAGGUCUCACAGCUUUGAUGUCUGUACAGGAUUGUGGGAGUAAUCUACAGUGUGGGACUGGAUACUGACAACUCUGGGACUGUAGGAAUUAUCUGGUGUGUUGGACUGUACACGGACAGCUCUGGGAGUGUGGCAAUUAGCUGGGAUAUAGGCCUGUACACUGUCAGCUCUGGGAGUGUGGGAAUUAGCUGGGAUAUAGGCCUGUACACUGACAGCUCUGGGCCAUGGCUGUUUGCCAUGUAAUUGUGUAGAGAUCUGACUUUGUAUUUUUCAUUUUAGUGGUGGAAGUGUUGGGAACCAGGAGAAUCGAUACGUGGGUUUUGGAAACACCGUUACUCCUCCUAAGAAAGAUGAUGACUUUCUGAAUAACGCAAUGUCUUCUCUGUAUACGGUGAGGCCCCUUUUUAAUACAAAUCACAUACAUUCCACCUAUAGGCAAAACGUGAUCUAAAACUCUAUACCUUUCAGUUUAACCCCCCUGUACCAGUCACGCUGUUCGAUGACAAUAGAUGUCAUUUUUGCCCAGAUUUGGCAUUAGGCAAAGUAGGCCAGAAUUCGGGGCUAAAAACUAGGUGAAACUAGCCCCUGGCAGAAGAGUGAAGAUCUCUCUGGAUGUGAAGAAUUUCAAGCAGCAACGCUGCACUUUCAUACUUCUGGUCAUGGAGGUUUAACACAUGGUAUCCAACAUAAUUCAUAGUGUAACCCAUAUAAAUGGGCAUAGACCAAAAAAACUUAUUAGAACCACUCACAUUUCUUAGAGCUGUGAUGAGGCUCUAUAAUAUGUGCCAUAUUAAAAAGGACGGUCUUACAUGACACUUUUUAUGUGUUUUAAUGUAUAUGUUAUUUUUAUCAGAUUUUAUUGGCGUCUUGCUGAACCUUACUUGUAAUGUCUGAGGAUCUUUGUCCUGCACUUUCUCACCCUCAGCCUAGAACGGGGCUCAUAUUAUUGAGCCUAAUCACAGCUCUAAGAAAUGUGAGUGGUUCUAAUAAGCGUUUUCGGUCUAUGCCCAUUUAUAUAGGUUAUACUAUGUAUUUUUCUCUUUUAUGUAUUGUGUAGUAUAUGUUCGAUACCAUAUUUUUUUCCACAAUUCAGAAAAGUGUGUUUAAAUUUUUUUAAAAGGGAAGUAUUGUUACUUCUCACUAAAUGUUUGGUUGUGCACUUUGUGUUUGUGUUUACUGUGGGAACUUUUUGUAUAGUCACAUUGUAGUUAAAAAGCUCCUUUCCUCGUGUGAAGUUGUCCGUUUUCCUUUCUUCUAGGGGUGGAGCAGUUUCACUGUUGGAGCCAGUAAAUUUGCCUCGGCAGCCAAGGAGAGUGUAAGUAGAGAGGAUUUCCAUCUGUGUAGUUUAGUAGAAAAUUGUAGAUUAUGCUAGCUUUAGUGUACCUAUAAUCUUAAUUUUAUUAAUGACAGGAGGCGAAUAUUUGCUUAAGUCUCUCUUUACUAGAACUCCACAGCAGCAAAAAACACAGAGAGCAAACAACCAAUCAGAAAACAGUAAGGAGACCAUAUAACUCCCUUCUCAACAUUCCAUUUCCUCUUUCAAGCUGCGAUAACAACACAGGCAGAAAAAACAUAACAUAACAAUAACAGUCCAUCUCCGACUGAAAUAACGACUCUCAUAGGAAUCUUCAACCGAAUUGGAAAUUUGAACGUGAAAUCAUCCUGGAAUUUUACACUGAAACGAGAUAAAGAGAAUCGAAAAUGUGAUUAAAGGACCACUCUAGGCACCCAGACCACUUCAGCUUAAUGAAGUGGUCUGGGUGCCAGGUCCUUCUAGGGUUAACCCAUUUUUUCAUAAUUAUAGCAGUUUCAGAGAAACUGCUAUAAUUAUGAAUGGGUUAAGCCUUCCCCCUAAUCCUCUAGUGGCUGUCUCAUUGACAGCCACUAGAGGCGCUUGCGUGCUUCUCACUGUGAAAAUCACAGUGAGAGCACGCCAGCGUCCAUAGGAAAACAUUGUAAAUGCUUUCCUAUGUGACGGGCUGAAUGCGCGCGCAGCUCUUGCCGCGCGUGCGCAUUCAGCCGGCGGGGCGGAUCGGAGGAGGAGAGCUCUCCGCCCAGCGCUGGAAAAAGGUAAGUUAUUACCCCUUUCCCCCUUCCAGAGCCGGUCGGGAGGGGGUCCCUGAGGGUGGGGGCACCCUCAGGGCACUAUAGUGCCAGGAAAACGAGUAUGUUUUCCUGGCACUAUAGUGGUCCUUUAACCAAUGAAAUGUACGUCUAAAACAUGCAGCCACCCAGUGCAAAAUUGAUUGUGAACACCACCAAGUCCACAGUUUCCCUCCCUAGAUAGUAAUGAAAACAGAGAAGUGUUCUAAUAACCAUAAGCACAUCUGAAAAGCUAACCUCCUUAAUAAUACUCCACACACAAGAUAACAAAUACAAACAAGGGUCGGGAACAAAAGGGUGGGAAAUAUUCGCCUCCUGUCAUUAAUAAAAUUAAGAUUAUAGGUACACUAAAGAUAGCAUAAUCUACAAUUUUAUAACAUGACAGGAGGCUUCAUAUUUGCUGUUUUAACGCUCAGUCAAGAAAUAAGAUGUUUGUCUCGCUGGUACCCAUUCCGAGAGAUAACCAGAGCAAUCCGAAAGGCCUUCCAUUUGCGAGAAACGACAGCAGAUGGAUCGAUGAAGAUACCAGCUUGUAGAUGUACCCUCAAUCACGGAAAAAACACUCAAUCCGCUGACAGAUCCACUGUACAUGGGAUUGCAACCCCUUUCCUUGAAGACGUUCCAUGAAAUGCAAGGCCGAUCCAUUGCCCAUUUCUUUCAAGUGCAAAUUCCACAUACCAUAUGCGGACUUGGAACCGCGGAAAAUAUCAGGUCUCAACCUUUGAUGUGGAAGAUGGCUUCUUCGAUCGGGCCAGGGUCAACAGUUGAUGUGGCUCUGCAGGCAACUCCAACCUCAAGUAACGCAUUUGAGUCCAUCACCAAUUUCGUGACAGACCCGAAUAUGGUUUCUUUUCAUACCUUCAUGACCUACUAUGCGAGUGGUCUUCUCCGAAAAAGAUUCUAUCCUGCUGGCAAGAGUGUGGGCCACUCGUCGUAAACUGACUGUUCCCAGCACUCUAAUUGGAUUGCGGAACCUGAGACUGUAGCAGGCAAAGUACUCCCAAUGGACGUCCGAUCAGAAUUCUAAAACUGAAUUUGUGUAGUGAAACGGUGAUCAACUACUCUGGGAGAUUGUGAAACCUGAAAGAACCAAAUGAGGAAACAACCAGAGGUCGAGAUAUCCAUCCAGAUGUAUCCUCGUCGAGGAGUGAAGAGUAGUCUGGAUCCAAGAGGUAAUUGUGACCAGCAAAAACGAAGAAGAGCCGUCACGUGUUGUAGUCGCGUGAUCUACUGCAAAGGGGUCAAAGGUGGUUCGAAGCGUAAACAGGCUGGAUGAAACCGAAUCAUUCUUGGUGCGCGGGUCUGAACCAGGAUUUCCACCGUGAGGCCGUUGGCUGAUUAGGUAGAGUGGAAGAAGCUGAUUAACUGCUUGAACGAUCUCUCUCCUGUCCAGCUCUGUCAAAAUGUGUAGAGGGGGUAAUGGUAUGCCAGUCACACCCAAGUUAGGGUAUAAUAGCCUGAGGCAUCUAAGUAUCUGAAGUCUAAGCAUUCCAUCCUUGUCUUGAGCCCCGUGAUCUCAUAGUGUCCUCUAAUCCAUAGAUAAAUGUAAGGUUCCUUCGGAAGUGACAGCUGACUCCAGAUAAUAGCUAUAGUGAAAAGGGGGGCAUAGCCUCCGUCCGAAGCAUGGUCCGUCCGUGUUAACGUCGGGUAGCCUGGUCCGAACCUGAUACGAAAGCUGAGCAUACUCCAGUGGUAGGUUGCGUCCCGACUCCAUGGCGUCUGUGUAGGACUCAGCGUCAAUUGGCGUUCCCCAUAGAAUCCAAGUUGCCAUCCUUGUCAGUUCCCGAAGAGGUGGUUGAGAGAACAUCAAGACUAGGGCGUCUCGUGAGAGGAAAUUAGCGUAUAGAAGGAGGGUCCUCCAUAUACGAAUCAUGUUCUCCAGAAGUGUUCUCUGAAGAGUAGAGGUAUUCCUGUCAUCCAUCCCAAGAGUGUUAAUGACCAGGGAACCCAAAUUCGACCGGGUGACACCGGUCUUUCCCUGCGACCAAGGCGUCUCUUCAGACCCGAGAGUGGCACUCUCCCCUUCCAGUCAACCGAGUAAGGCAUCGCCUGUUUGCCCUAUGAAAAUCUCAAUGUCUCAUGUUAUCUUGAUAGGGGAGAAGCUGUCUGAGCGGUCUGGCUGGGAUGGUUUUUAUAGACAUAACAGAGUGUGGUUGCUCGUUCGAUAAAAUGCAGAGUAUACCAAAAACCUACAUACCUGCAAUAACCGGGGUUCCCCCCACAGUAAUACAACCUCACAGAGUAUAUCCAGUAGGGAGGUAACGGGGCACCAACAAGGUGGGCCAAUCCAAAGAGCUGCACCCGAGACAGCCAGUUCCGAAGCCCAUACCCUGUCCAAUAGGGUCUCAUGGAGAUGGAAAUAAGGUGGGGGAAAUUCCCCAGCGCUACCUCAGUGAGUACAUUCCGAGGAGUAUACAGUGGCAUAGGUCCAGCAGACCAAUUAUAGCGACAGUUAGUUUAAACAUGCAGUACCAUGUCCCAUCAGGUAGCACCUCCAUAACGAAAACUGAGAGAACGGUAAAAUAGUCGUCCUGGUCUGCGCAUCUGAAAGAAACACAGUAGCGGGUUGCGUAUACGGGAGAGCCGCACUCUCUAAUAACAUAAGCGGUGUCCAUGCCAGUAUCAGGCUGACAGUCUGAGAUGGUCGUACCCGUCCAUAACGGAAUCUGUGUCUAUAUCCAUGUCUGGCUCCGUAUACAAGAGCGGGUCACGCUCAACACCAGCAAUUUGCAUGAAGAUUGGCCUCGGCUGAGGCCUUUAUGGAAGGGCCACGCCCUCUAACAGUAAAAAUUAGUGUCUGGUUAAUAUGAGAGGGGUCACCCUCUAAUCCUGUAAGUUAGCCCCAGCCGCGGGCUGAGGUUAUGGGAGGACCGCACCCUCCAACCUUACCCACCAAAGUCCCCCUCCGUCCUAGGGUGACUGUGUGCGAGGGUUUCGCCCUUUGAUGCUAGUCGAGUAGGAUUGAGGUCCCGAGAGGGUUCUAACCCUGAAAUCACUUUCUGUAUCCGUCCUACGAGAGGUGGCCUUCACUGGGAAUAAAAAUUACUGACCAAGGGCUUAGAACAAUUCAGCCUAGGGCAGAGUCCCUGAGUCCAGAUUGGCAGGCAGAGAAAACUGCAAUAGUAGAAAAUAUGGAAUCUACAAGCGGUCGCCUGGAUCCCGCGCAAGUGCGCAGAAUCCAGGACGGCCGUCGGUAGCCUGAGGAAACGCUGGAGACGUUCUCCGCGAUCCAUGAGAUCCCAGGAGGUCGGAGGAGGCCAAUACAGGCCUCUCGAACUCCCGAGUGACAGGAAAAACGGAAGACACGAAAGCAAAAGGGAAACGGCAGAAAUAAAGAGCAAGUUCAGAAGGUGACCAUAGGGAAGGUAAUAGAACGGACGGGAAAGCCAGGAACCGGGGGGGGGACAAUGGAAUAGAUGUGACAGAAAGUACCCCACAAAUCCCAAGCCAAAGAUAGGGAAGUGAAUAGUGGGAGCCCAAGGUGACAGACAAACAAAAUCCCACCAAGAUCAUAGAAAAAAAACGGUCUUUAGUCAGAAGAUCCUUUAGUCACAACAUUCCCCAGUCCAAUAAUUAAUUACUGUAUAAGCGCAAUAACAUCCCACAAGGACAAUGAAAAAUACUGAACAUAAGCAAUAACAUCCCACAAGGGGAAUAAAUUACUGUAUAUAAGCAAUAAAAAUCCAACAAGGACAAUAUCUAAAAUACUGAAUAAUCAAUAACAUCCCCAAGGACAAUUUAAAAUACUGUAUAUAAGCAAUGAAAUCCCAAAGCCACCAACUAAUAAUAGCAGGAGGCAGUGGUACUCUGACCUGUACUGAUGCGGAGCAGCAAAGAAAGAGGAAAUGGAAUGUUGAGAAGGGAGUUAUAUGGUCUCCUUACUGUUUUCUGAUUGGUUGUUCACUCUCUGUGUUUUUUUUUUUGCUGCUGUGGAGUUCUAGUAAAGAGAGCCUUAAAGGACCCACACCCUCAGGGUCCCACUCCCGUGGCACUGAGGGGGGAGGAAGGGGUUAAACUUACCUCUUUCUCCAGCGCGGGGGCGUGGGGAGCUCUCCUCCUCCUCAGCUGAAUGCGCAUGAGCCGCAUGCGCAUUCAGCCAGUCCAUAGGAAAGCAUUCAUAAUGCUUUCCUAUGGACGCUGGCGUCUUCUCACUGUGAAAAUCACAGUGAGAAGCAUGCAAGCGCCUCUAGCGGCUGUCAAUGAGACAGCCACUGGAGGCUGGAUUAACCCUAUUAUAAACAUAGCCGUUACUCUGAAACUGCUAUGUUUAUAGAAAAAAGGGUUAAUCCUAGAUGGACCUGGCACCCAGACCACUUUAAUUAAGCUGAAGUGGUCCGGGUGCCUAUAGUGGUCCUUUAAGCAAAUAUGAAGCCUCCUGUCAUGUUGUAAAAUUGGCUUCUAGAUGGAAUCUGUGUUACAGAGUUGUCAGAUUUUUGGUUAUAGUUUUUAUGUAGUCACCAGUUUACACUAUCCUUGAUACUUAGACCAUUUUAGUAACUUAUUCUGACAAAUCCAAAUGUUAGGGAAUUCCAUAUAUAACACACCAUGUAAGUAACAUGAUCUCGUUACGCUGUGAGCGGCCAUUUACUCUCCCUUUCACAUUGCGUGACGGUGAAAGUAUUUCCUAUUAUUGCAUAUACCAAUAAUGCUAAAUUGUUAGAUACUAAACAUUAAGCAUUCAAUGGGAGCCAAGUCUAGCACCAAUUCAUUUCUAAUUUUAGUUUGCUUGUGUUUUUGUUUUUUUUGCCCGUAAUUCCUAGCUACACAAGAGCAUUGUGGGAUUUUGCAGUAAGACAGGUUAAUGAACACUGGAUGCCAUUUUUUUUUCUCCCCCCGCAGGCAACCAAGUUAGGAUCCCAAGCAACCCAAAAGGUAAUUCUUCACCAGCUCGGUCAGUUUGGCCUACUCUUUAGAAUUUAAUUAACUGUAAACACUUUAGUGACUGUUUCUGCUCCUCAACCUCCCGUAUUAAAGGAACACUCCAAGCACCAUAACCACCAAAGUAUGCUAUAGUGGUAAUGGUGCCAGGAGUGCCGCCCCCCCACCCCCAGCCCAGUUUGUGUAGUCACACAGUUUACUAGUUUAACUUCUUACUGGGGCUCAGUCGAGCACUGCGCGCUGCCUCCCCUGCUUUGCUGAACUACUAGCAGGAACUCCUUGUUCCCACUUAGUGGCAUCCGACUAACCACAGUUUAAGACGUCAAACUGUUAAUACAUUGCCUAACUUGACAAAGACCAAUUGUAGGGUCAAUACGUUACUGUGUACUUGGUUCCAAUAAAUUUACUUUGCUGAUCUUUGGAAGGCCUGUACCGUUCUUUUCCUUGGAGUUAAAUUGUUAGUAAAUGCUUUGACUACUUGCCCUCUAGGCACCGUAACCACUACAGCACACUGUAGUGGUUAUUAUGGUGCUUGGAGUGUUCUGGGUCUUGCUAGAACUGUGAUAAAAAUUUGGAAUAUUUUAUUUAUUAAGAGACUGAAAGGGGGGGGGGGUGAAAGAAACAUGAGGGCUAAAUAUCUGAGUAAUUUAUUAUGAAAGUUUUUUUUAUAUAUAUAUAUAUAUAUAUAUAUAUAUAUAUACACACACAUACAGAGAGGCCUGUUGUCCCUCGUUUCCUGGAUCCCUCACGCCUUGCACGAUUGUGUGAGGGGGUAAUAAUACUAAGCAGGUGGGGAUUUAGGUAUCUCCUUCAUGCCAUUGGCAUCUUUAAUUGAUCCAUUUAUUAAAAAGUGGGUUCUCAUCACCUACUUGAUAUUGGUGACCCUUAGUGCACCACUAAUCUUGGGCUGGUGUGGGGGGCUGUUUUACAGUACUUCACUGGUUUAAUAGGGAACCCACCUCCUCCAUUCACCCCAAUGAAUUCAUUUAAAGAAAAGAUGGAAGUCCUAUCACUAAUGUGGAAAGGGAAUGUACAUUUAGCUAUGACUGCUGCAUUACAUAAAGUCAACUUUCUUCUGAUGGUUGCGGUUUAGAGGUGACCGCUAGACUGUAAGGGACCAGUGGUCUUAAAGUCAAUAUUGUGUCCUGCAACAUCAGCCUAUAGCUUGCUAUCGAAGUAUCCUAUCGUGCAGGCAUUACAAGGGCUAACUAGUUACUAAAAGUAACUUUUCUCCCACCCUCUCCCUGCCCUCGUGCAGUUUUGGGGAGGGAACAAGCAUCCGCCGGACUCGGUAAUCUUCUUGGUAUAUCUGUGUGGCUGGUCCAUGCGUGCCGUCUUGGCGCUCUUGUAAUGUGGGUUUGUCUUGUCUGUGGUGUUUGACAUGAUUCCAUUCAUCUGACCAUGCAGAGCAGUCCUGUUGUACCUUCCUCAUGAUCCAGCUGGUGGCAGCUGAGGAUCCAGCAUCCCAGUGGCAAUAAUUGUUCCCAUUCCAAUCCUCUUGUUUCUCUUUCUUCCCUCAAUCUAUUGACUGUCUUUACUUUUAUUCAUAACCAUUGUUCAUUAUCCUCUCUUUCCCCCGUCUUGUUGGCUGUCACCCUGUCUGUCUCCUUGCAUGCCAGUUUAAUGCAUGUGUCCUGUAGUCAGUCUCUGUGAAACUGACCUGUUAAAACUCCCUCUUUUGUUCUUUUGUUUCCCCCGGAAUAGGCUUCUGAGCUAGGCCAGACACUUAAUGAAAAUGUUGUCAAACCAGCGCAAGAUAAGGUAACAUCCAUAGCCCCUAGGUAUUAAAGUGGCGCAGUCGCUAAAAUUCUCUUUAUAUAACAAGUUUAAAUAAUAUUCCCAGACGAAUAAUAUUUCCCUCUAAUCAAGCGUUGGUAAGUUUAGCUGGAAAAGAUCCUGGGCAGUCUGUUAGUGUUUCACCAUGGAGGCAACCAUCUUUAAAUUGGAUCAGAGCAUGUCCGCAGCCAAUCAGAGGCAGUGAACUGAAUGCCUUGCUCUACACUAGGCAAUAAACAGGAAGUGCUUCUUUGAACUUCAAUGUUCGUGUUCAACAUACCUAAGAAAAAGAAAAGUUAUAGCGCAGUACCUUACAAUACGCUUUUAGUAAAAAUCAAUUGCAGAACAGGUUUUAAAAUGAUUUCCUCACGGCUUUCCCCGUUUAUAGUGGUGUACGAAGGAGAGAAUUUGUGAUGACGGUGCCACUUUAACAGUCUGCUGAGAUUAACACUGCUGGUUUAAUGGCUGUGGAUAUUUUAAUUAACCCUUUAUAAUAAUUCUACAUGGGACAAGGUGUCACUUCGCAAGUUAACCCCAAAGUCUAACAAUGCAUGCUGCUGUUCAGUACCGGUAAUGCUUUUCCGGUUAUUGAGAUCCGUCCCUGCCUGGCCACCCCUUCCCAGAUCAUUCUGGCGCAGCGUGGUGGUGGUUUAUUUUCUGGGGGGUGUCUUUUGGCCGUUUCCAUGUAUUUUAUACAUAACCGUAAUUAACAGCGCCUCCACUAGCCGCGUAGCCUGUAAAACGUACUGCUCUUAGACCUACUAAUCUGAUAUUAUUUUACAUUGUUACUGGUUUUAUUCUUCUAUUUAAAUUCUCUAGAAAAAUACUUUAAAAAAAAUAAAAUUCUCCCCGUGCUUCCUUGCGGUUUCGUUCAUUCCUCUGCAUGCUGAUAUAUAGUUUAUUUUACCUCUGGGCACAGCGCAGUUUCUUUACAAACUGUCUGCUUGGCGGUAAUCAAUGGAACAGGCCAUUCUCUUAACUGCUUCAGCUCACUCAUUUCCUUUCAUGAUCACAUCUUGACUGCUCCUGCUCCUUAUCCCACUCUCUCCCCCUUGACUUCAGGUGAAAGAUGGCCGGAUCUUAGAAGAUGUCUCUACUGGAGUAGCCUCUUUGGCAGCCAAGGUAGGAGAAAAGGCCGGCAGUAAAUCUCUUUCCCAUGCUGGAUUGUGGGUAAUUCAGUACAUGCUAGCAAUAUGUUCUAUAAAACAGAAUAUUUAAUUCCCUUUAGAGGAUGAUGGGAUUUGUAGUUAAAGAUCUUCUGCUCCAGCCAGGGUUUUUACCUGUCUACAAAAAUGUGUUAUCAGGAAUUCAAACUUUUUAUAUUUCAGGUGAAAACGGCCAAGUUGUAUAUUCUCUGAGUUCGCUGUGAUUUCAGUUUGGCUGUUUUGGUGUAAGUUUGGUUUGUCGUUAAUUCACACUAUGUGACGCUGUUACCCAGAACCCAGCAUGGUGAUACAGAGAUUACUGCCGUGACAUGUCAAGUCUCUGAACGCAAUCUUUAACGUGCUAAUUUUCUCUCCACAUGCUGCUGUCUGGAUAUUGUGUGGUGAGUUAACAUUUACACACCAGCUGGGAACGCACACACCUCUUCAGAUAUUUAAGAAAGCCUCCAGGCUCCCACACAUGUUUAGGUGCACAGUUAUGUAGGUUAUGUUAUUUAUUGUGGUUGUUUGUUUAUACAAUGUGCACUUUGUCGUUGAGUGUUCAUAACAUGUACAAGAAAAGCAUUAAUUCUGCAUAAUUAUUCACAAUAAUAAUUUAUCAACCUUUAGUGAUAUGGUGUUUGUCCUUGUUUGAGGUUUUAUUUAUUUAUUUAUUUUUACUCCUUAAAGGCGGAAGGAAUUGUUCUGAGCCGAAGCAAUACCUAGAAUUUGUGCCAUGUGUUUGCUCCACCAUAAUCUAAGUGUUUCUCUCUAAGUGCCCCGAUACAUAUUCUAUGUUGAUUAUUAAAGGAUAGAAAGGGCUGUCUUUUAAUAUAACUACCUAACACAGGGGUGCCCAAAAGGUAGAACUACAACACCCAUGAUGCUUUGCAUACCUUUAAAUUCCUUUAGAAUGACAAAGCAUCAUGGAAGCUAAAAUAUCUGGGGAUAUACCUUUUGGGCACCCCUGACCUAACGGAAAAAAACAUGAGCAGCAAUGGGCAGCUGUGAUUGGCAGUGAGUGACAGGUGAUCAGAACUCCAGCUAACUGUAUGAAUGGGUAUGACUACAAGGAAGUGUGCCUUAGCCACACCUCCAGAAGGGGCCAGACUGUGAGUGGCCAGCGACACUUAUUUAGUGUUAAACUGUUCAUGGUUUAACACUGAAUGGAGGGACACUGCCAGGGGACUCCAUGCACUGUAACCAAUUCACGGAAAUGAAAUGGUGACUACAGUAUCAUCUCAAACUCUUUACCACCCCACAACACUUUACCAAUCAUAGCCCUUACCCUGUGCUUACACAAACCCUAUACCACCCCACAACACUUUACCAAUCAUAGCCCUUACCCUGUGCUUACACAAACCCUACCACCCCACAACAAUAUACCAAUCAUAGCCCUUACCCUGUGCUUACACAAACCCUAUACCACCCACAACACUAUACCAAUCAUAGCCCUUACCCUGUGCCUACACAAACCCUAUACCACCCCACAACACUUUACCAAUCAUAGCCCUUACCCUGUGCUUACACAAACCCUAUACCACCCCACAACACUUUACCAAUCAUAGCCCUUACCCUGUGCUUACACAAACCCUACCACCCCACAACACUAUACCAAUCAUAGCCCUUACCCUGUGCUUACACAAACCCUAUACCACCCACAACACUAUACCAAUCAUAGCCCUUACCCUGUGCUUACACAAACCCUACCACCCCACAACACUUUACCAAUCAUACCCCUUACCCUGUGCUUACACAAACACUACCACCCCACAACACUUUACCAGCCAUAGCACACUGACAUCAGUGUGCAGGAGUACAGCACCAAAGUCUAUUGAGCCUCCAUAGAUUUAAUCUGGCAAUGAGCGAGACAAUGCCUUAUUCUCCCUGCCAUCGCCAUCAUUGCUGAGGGAUGUGACAAAAGGAGCUCUGUCUUUUAUCAAGUUUUGUCAAGCUAAGGAAAAUUACAUCAGGCCGAGUAAUGCCUAGUUUGCCCUAUGUAAUUUAGGAGAAACAAAUUGAAAAAGAAGAAUCAACUAGGAGUAAGGAAGAGAAGAUACAUUAAAGUAUGGGUUAACAGAGCUGCUGUAGAAAAAAGUUGAGAGCAGUAUGUUGCUGCCAUCUACUGGCUGUUUUUACUAUGACAGGGAGAUUUGCCUGUAUUAUUGAAAUUAAGCAUUCUCCAAAUUACACUGUGAUUGGUGUUGGGCAGCUGGCAUAGUCCAGCACCGAUCACAAUUGGCUUGGGGACAUGCAGGGAGACCCUGGGGAUCUCUUCAGUUGCUGAAAUCGUAAAAUCACCGCCACUUAGCCUGAUCACCGCUCUAUUGAGCGGUGCAUACAACUUAUCAGUCAGUUUGGGGCUACAAAAUCUGACUCCAACUGAAAGUGGAGGGAGCACCAUGUAUUGCUUGAUACCUGGGACUCCCUGGAGGGAUCAUUAGUUUAACCCUGCUCAAGUCAAAAUAUUAGGACGUUCCAUGCCGUUCUAGACCCCUUAAUCCCCACUCUGUGGAGGACUGCAUUGAACCUCCUAAUAUUAAGAAGAGUUUAAUAAAUUCAUGUCUGGCUUUUGGGAGUUGUAGUUCACUGGCUAGCUUUCCGCAGUAGAAACUGAUGAUGUACUGCACAAGCAAAAAUUAUUUAAGGUAUUUGUUUUGGUUUUAUCCUUGUAUUAGUUCUCCAAUUUCUUUUUCAUCUUCUAGAAAAGUGCACAGACAGAAUUUUAUUUAUUUUUCCCCUGAAUGUGAUUUUGCUCUAAACAUAAACCCUAACUGUCUCCCCUAGGUGCAGGGUGUUGGCACUAAGAGUUGGAAAGAUAUGACCACGUUCUUCUCAGGCAAGAAUGAAGAGUCAGGAGACAGGUGAGGAGGCUUCGACUUGUGCCGGGGUGUGUUUAUUGGAGGCCUUGUGUCGCUACGCAUUUACCACUGACUGUGUGUGUGUGUGUGUGUGUGUGUACUCUGAACCCGCAAAGGGAGAGAGGGAACAGAGGGAGCGGAAGGGCAGGAUCAACAAAAUAAAUAUCAGCUGAGAGGAUAGAGAGGCGAGGAGGGCUACAAUCAAUGUGGGUGGAAGGGAGGGGAGAUGAGAUUCCCCUCCCUCCUACAAUUAUGUCUGUCACCAGCUUGCAGUGCACAGAAUUGACAUUAGGCAGAUUGGAACAGAGUUCAGGGGUGUAACUAGCCCCCAGCACACAAUUAAAAAUAGCUUUCAAGCUGAAACACUGCACAUACAUACUCCUUCCACCAUAACCACCUCAAAUAUCAUGUAUUAUUUGCGUUUUAUUGUAUCCUGGUUGCAGUUUAAGUGCUUAAUAAAAAUGGCUAAUUUCAUUUUCUUUCUGUAACAAAUGUAGAAUAUCUGUUUAAAAUGAGUGAGAGUGACAAGAACAAUUUGUUAUAAUCCAGAAAUUAAAAUGUUAUUUUUUUGUUGAAUUUCUCCAUGUUAAUGUGUCCUGCUCUUCUGUGUGGUAUUGCUCUGUCUGUGUUUGUACUCUGUGUUAUUUUCUCUAUUAUUUUUAUUCUUCUCUUUCCGCUUUGUCUCUUGUAUUUAUAUCUCCCUGGCUGUCCAUGUCUCUUGUAUUUAUAUCUCACUGCCACCCCAUGUCUCUUUUUCUUUGCAUGUCAGUCUUCCAAUCUAAAAACUCAUGGUCUCCUUUGUUUUUUUUUGGUUUUUUUUAAUACCCAGCUCUGCACAAGGAGAGGGUUACCAGUCAGCAGAUGGAGAAGGCUAUCAAAACACCAAUCCUGGGAAAAGCUUUUGGGAGACGUUCGGCAGCUCUGAGGAUGUGAAAAAACCCUCGAAAUCACCCAGCGGUGACAGCUGGACCUUCCCAGAAAACUCGACGGGCAGGAAGAGCUCGGAUAGCUGGGAGGUGUGGGGGUCUGGGACCACCUCCAACAACAAGAACAGCAACAGCGAUAGCUGGGAAAACUGGGACAGUCAUUGGCAGGAGGAAAAAGGUGGCAAGGCAAAGGCACCUUCCACCGAGGACGGGUGGGACAAUGCCAACUGGUAGGGGAAGGGUUGCAGGGAUACAAAUGGGGCAGGCGGGGUACCAGCUCACAAUAACCCAAACAGUCCCUGCUUUACUCAUAUCACACCCCCGGUGAAAUACUGCAACCAGCGAUUCAAGGAGGAAUUGUAGAUAUCAUCUAGAAAGAUUGUAUGUUUCAACAACAGCUGGAGAAGGUCCCACCCGAGAUACUAAUUUUGGGUAAAACAUCCCAAAGUCCUCACUGCUAAGCAUUUGUCAGGACUCGGAGAGCUGCCCAUUGAAAUGAUGGCUGGCAGGGUCUGUCCUGGGAUUUGGUGGUGUCUGGGAAAUUAAAAUGUAUUUUAUCUCACCCUGCCUGCCCCAACCCCUACCCUCUUAUUAUCGUUCAAUAUUUCAAUGGAAGAUGAGUGAUGUAUUUGGGAGUAUCCACUUCUUUGUCCCAAAUCCGUCCUCUGCUGGGUGUAGACCAUCAUUUUGUACUUUCAGGAAUUUGUGGCCGUUUUCUAGUUGGCAAUGUUUACUAUUGUCUUAUCACCCCUUGGAAGAAGUCAGAUCGACAUCAGCAUUAACCCUUCUCCACCCAUAUACCUCAGACCAGCCUUUAAUUUAUUGUGCUGCGCAAUCUGCCUUCCAUAACCCACAGACUCCCUAUUGAAUCACACGUACGUCUCCUGAAUAUUAACCUACAGUAAUGAAGCAGUUUUAGGAAUUUUUAUUUGAUAUUAUCUUUCAUCCAGAUAGAUGUUCUUCUGGCAUUAUAAUUUAACCCUAAUAUCUCCGGGUUUGCCCUACAGACCCUAAUCCUCGAGGAUAUAGAUUACAAUGUGAUUGAGCCAUAUCGAACGUGCUACAGGAUGUUUUAAUUCUUCCCUCGUUUGCCCCAUAUUCCUUGGGUAAACGACUAAUCACGAAAGCUGAAACUAAUUAUAGUAUAUUUCUCUCCAAGUGGAUUUGCACGGAUAUUAACUCCUUAAAUUCUAUGGCAAGGCCUUGCACACACAGAGUUAACAAUAAUUUGCACACAGUUGAGCAGGAAGGAUAAUAGAACUUUGCUUUAUCAUGUGACGGGUGGUUUGCAACCCUGUCUUAAAGAAAGAGCCUUUUAAAAUUGGGUAUUAUUAAAGAGUGAUAUUUUAAUGUAAUUACAAUAGAUUAUUAAAUAUCCACAGUGAGCCACAGAUAAGAAAUUUCCCGCUCCCUGGGGCUCCUCCAUUUAUGGCUUAUUACAGAUCAGAGGCAGAUAAUGUAGAUCAAAUGUAAUGCUUGUUUUACAGAGAUGCUGACAAUAUUUAUUAUAAAUGUUUAUGCUGGGACAUGUACCCCCCUCCCCUGCUUCGUGGAACAUUCCAUUUAUUUAUACAGGGAGCUAGCUGGAUAUAGCGGGAGGAGGGGCACAGUCCGCCAGAGUUUCAGCAGAAUUAGUGUUUUUCUUUUGAAUGAAUUUGUUCGUUUAGUAUAUUUAAGGCAUUUAUUACCAGUUUGCCUGAUGAGCUUGCAGUUUAACCAGAUAAGUGUAGCUGACAGUGGAUGUAGCGGGGUUUGUUUGAGUCACAACCAUCUAGAAACUUAAAAGUAAGCUCACGCGACUCGAUACCAAUAAUGAGGUGACUUUACGGGAGCUUUUAGAAUGACCGCUCACGUGAUCAAUGCAAAGCACUAUCAGAGCUGGUUUAUACCUCCUAGCCGGGCUCAUCAGGCAGUGUAUUCUAUUAUUAUUAACUAGAAUUUCUCUGUACAUUUUGAAGAUAAUCCCCUUGCUGCUCCCUUUGUCCUGAGUGUCAUACUGGAAAGAGUUAAUCCCACUCUGCAGUGUCACAUGACUAACAGCCAUUUACUAAGACAUGGAUCACUGGAAAUGACACUGUAAUUCUCUUGUCAGACCUCCACUGUCCUGCUUUAGUUGUUUACAGAUUUGUAUAUACGCUCCAGCUGUGAAUGUGUUUAUUAGCAGAGGUGGGAGUCAGUUAAGGCGACACACCGAUAUCUAAAUAGUUACAGCCCGAGCCCUGAACGUCAUUCCAAGUACCGGUCUACCUACAGUGAGGCGUCCAGGGACCUUACUUUCUGUCUCCCUUCAAAAUAUGGCACUGAGCUUAUCGUGAACUUUCAGCUGUUUCCAUAACUAGUUUAAUUAGUUUCAGGUUUAUUCACUAAAUUCAGAACCAAAAACAGACGGGAAACAUUCUCCAAUAACUUUUUCAUUCAGAUUUAAAAGAACUCUUAGACUAAAGUGUCCCUGUCCCUCAUCUUCCCGCCUCCUGUGACAUCAUAGAGGAGGCAUGGCCUCCUCCGCUGAUGUGACCAAUCCUAUGCUUCUAAUACAGGAGAGUUUGGGACCUAUUGUGCAGGUGUGGCAAGCGCUGCGCACACAUUCAAACUUCCCCAUAGCAAAGCAGUGAAUCAAUGCAUUGCCAUCAUUGCCGCAUCAGUGCUGCUAGUUUUACUUUGUCUAGAGGUUGUCAUACUGACAGCCAGUAGUGGUGGACAUUACAUUCUCAUUGCACAGUAUUGGAGUUAUGUUUUAUAUUGCAGGGUGUAGAGGACACUGCACCCAGACCACUUCAGUGAGAGGAAGUGGACUUUGUGACUGUAGUGUCCCUUUAAUUCUCAAAAAUUCUGAGUUUAGUAACAAACCGGAUCCGUGGCCUGAGACAACGGUACUUCCGUAAGCCGUUACACCGUGGAUUAUUAUUUAAACGGCACAUUAUUGAUCAAUUUGUAACAUUUAUACCAAAAUAAGUUUUAAAAAAACAAGACUCCAAUGUGGCCAAUGUUUGAUUAAAGCUUGGAUGUAAAAUUGUACAAAUCUGGUUUCUGUUCCUCUGCUCGAGGUUUGGGCAGCUAAUAUUCUGCUGGGGGUAAUGUCUCCUGUACCUGCCUGCAGACUCCCAUUCUGUCCAUUCCUAGACUUUGUCUCGCUCCAGAGCUGGUUUUAUUUAUUGAUCCUUUAUGCUCCAAUGAACAGACAUGUAUUUUGUUGUGAAUGCAGCAAUUUUUCUGGGGCUGGGUUUGGAACCCCUAAUGUGUUGUGCCCCAUAGCCUGCCUUUCUGGUGCCUGCGUUCAUGUGCUGUAUGUCAUUGUUCCCUGUCUGUGACACUUGUGAAAUCAGUGAUGUUUCUCUGGGAAGCAGAAAAUAAAACUCGUCAGAGAACAAAGAUUGUCUUUUUUUUAUUUUUUAUUAGGAUUAAAGAUUGGGUGAAUAACUUGCUAAAAGACAUAAGAGAGAGUGCACUAAAUGAGGAAUUGUGGAGAUUUGUCAAAGAAAUGGUGUAUAGCAUGGCUGAAAACAGACGUGUUAGAGAAUGAUUUCAGCUCCGCUAAAGAUGUCCACGCCAAUCCCUGCCAUUUCUACAUUCUCCUUGCACAUUAUUGGAACAGAUUUAUUUUAGUAAAGACACAAUUCAUGUUUAACUUUUUUUUUUUUAACUCUCAAACUGAGAACCUGAAAUACCUUGUAAACGGACGUGCUGAAUAGAAUCUCAUGUGACUGCACAGUCUAUGUAAGUCCAAGCGCAAUCCCAUCUCUUCUGCAGCGUAUUCAAUAACGAACCAUGAAUCUCAUCUAGAAACUCGUGAAGAUCAACAUCGUAGAAUCCUUUCUUCAGCUGCAAUAAACAAACUGCCAUCACUCUGAAAAACAGAUCAUAUUGGGUGUAUUAUAUGUAGAUUACAUAUUGUAUGAAUAUAACACUGGGUAAUAUCUAAUGAAUCAUGUUAUAAACGGUGCGUUAUAUACAGAAUACAUAGUGUGUGUGUGUGUGUGUAUAUAUAUAUAAUAUGGGGUCAUAUUUAAUUAAUCAAAUGGUGUGUUCUAUAAAGAUUACAUAGUGUGUGUAUAUAAUAUGG